CGAGCGGGCGGGCGCAGUCCGAGCCCGCAGGGUCGCGUCGGGUCCUGCCGGUCCUCUCGCGUCCCAGCGUCGCGCGCCCAGGGCCAUGGCCGUGCGCCCCGCGGGCCCCGCGCGCCGCUUCCUGCUGGCGCUGGUGCUCUGCUGCGGCUGGGGGGCGCUGGGCACGGUCGCCCCGAAGUCGGGCGCCGGCUGUCCGAGCCGCUGCCUGUGCUUCCGCACCACCGUGCGCUGCAUGCAUCUGCUGCUGGAGGCCGUGCCCGCCGUGGCGCCGCAGACCUCCAUCCUGGAUCUGCGCUUCAACAGAAUCAGGGAGAUCCAGCCCGGGGUGUUCAGAAAGCUGAGAAACUUGAACACGUUGCUUCUCAACAACAACCAGAUCAAGAGCAUCCCCAGCGGAGCGUUCCAGGACCUGGAGAAUUUGAAGUAUCUCUAUCUGUACAAGAAUGAGAUCCAGUCAAUUGACAGGCAAGCAUUUAAGGGACUUGCCUCUCUAGAGCAACUAUAUCUGCACUUUAAUCAGAUAGAAACUCUGGACCCAGAGUCCUUCCAACAUUUGCCGAAGCUGGAAAGGCUAUUCUUACAUAACAACCGAAUCACACAUUUGGCUCCAGGAACAUUCGAUCACUUGGAAUCCAUGAAGAGACUGCGGCUGGACUCGAACGCGCUGCGCUGUGACUGUGGGAUCCUGUGGCUGGCGGAGCUGCUGAGAACCUACGCCCAGUCGGGGCAUGCGCAGGCGGCCGCCACCUGUGAGCACCCGCGGCGCGUGCAGGGCCGUUCGGUGGCCUCCGUCACACCCGAGGAGCUGGACUGUGAGAGGCCCCGGAUCACAUCAGAGCCCCAGGACGCAGACGUCACCUUGGGGAACACCGUGUUCUUCACAUGCAGAGCAGAAGGCAACCCCAAGCCCGAGAUCAUCUGGCUUCGAAAUAAUAAUGAGCUGAGCAUGAAGACAGAUUCCCGCCUCAACUUGCUGGACGACGGGACCCUGAUGAUCCAGAACACGCAGGAGACGGACCAGGGGAUUUACCAGUGCAUGGCCAAGAACGUGGCCGGGCAGGUGAAGACGCAGGAGGUCACCCUCCGGUACUUUGAGUCUCCAGCUCGACCCGCUUUUGUAAUCCAGCCACAGAACACGGAGGUGCUGGUCGGGGAGAGCGUCACCCUGGAGUGCAGCGCCACCGGCCACCCUCCGCCGCAGGUCACCUGGACCAAAGGGGACCGCACGCCCCUGCCCGAGGACCCUCGCGUGAGCAUCACCCCGUCGGGCGGCCUCUACAUACAGAACGUCCUGCAGGCCGACAGCGGCGAGUACACCUGCUUCGCGUCCAGCAGCGCAGGGAGCAUCCACGCCGCCGCACGGAUCAUCGUGCAGGCCCUUCCCCAGUUCACCGUGACCCCUGCGGACAGGGCUGUAAUCGAGGGUCAGACCGUCGACUUCCAGUGUGAGGCCAAGGGCUACCCACAGCCCGUCAUCGCGUGGACGAAAGGAGGGAGCCCGCUGUCGGUGGACAGGCGGCACCUCGUGCUCUCGUCGGGGACGCUCCGGAUCUCGGCCGUCGCGCCGCAUGACCAGGGCCAGUACGAGUGCCAGGCCGUCAACAUCAUCGGCUCUCAGAGGGCCGUGGCCCAGCUCACCGUGCAGCCGAGAGUCACGCCGGUCUUCGCCAGCGUCCCGAGUGACAUGACCGUGGAAGUGGGCACCAGCGUGCAGUUGCCCUGCAGCUCCCAGGGCGAGCCCGAGCCCGCCAUCACCUGGAACAAGGACGGGGUCCAGGUGACGGAAAGCGGGAAGUUUCACAUCAGCCCUGAAGGGUUCCUGACUAUCCACGACGUCGGGACGGCGGACGCAGGCCGCUAUGAGUGUGUGGCCCGGAACACCAUCGGGCAGGCGUCGGUCAGCAUGGUGCUCAGCGUGAGCGUUCCUGAUGUCAGUCGAAACGGGGACCCAUUUGUGGCCACAUCGAUUGUGGAAGCGAUUGCGACCGUGGACAGAGCCAUCAACUCGACGCGCACUCACCUGUUUGACAGCCGGCCCCGCUCUCCCAACGACCUGCUGGCCUUGUUCCGGUACCCGAGGGACCCCUACACCGUGGGGCAGGCGCGCGCCGGAGAGAUAUUCGAGCGGACCCUGCAGCUGAUUCAGGAGCACGUGCGGCACGGCCUGAUGGUCGACCUGAACGGAACAAGUUACCACUACAACGACCUCGUGUCUCCCCAGUAUCUGAGCCUCAUCGCCAACCUGUCGGGCUGCACAGCGCACCGGCGGGGCAACAACUGCUCGGACAUGUGCUUCCACCAGAAGUACCGCACGCACGACGGCACCUGCAACAACCUGCAGCGGCCCAUGUGGGGCGCCUCGCUGACGGCCUUUGAGCGCUUGCUGAAGGCCGUGUACGAGAACGGCUUCAACACGCCCCGGGGCAUCGACCCCGGCCGCCUGUACCACGGGCACGCGCUGCCCAUGCCCCGGCUGGUGUCCACGGCCCUCAUCGGCACAGACUCCAUCACGCCCGACCCGCAGUUCACGCACAUGCUCAUGCAGUGGGGCCAGUUCCUGGACCACGACCUGGACUCCACGGUGGUGGCCCUGAGCCAGGCCCGCUUCUCGGACGGCCGGCACUGCAGCUCGGUCUGCAGCAGCGACCCCCCGUGCUUCCCGGUGGCCGUGCCGCCCGGCGACCCGCGGGCACGCAGCGGGGCGCGCUGCAUGUUCUUCGUGCGCUCCAGCCCCGUGUGCGGCAGCGGCAUGACGUCCCUGCUCAUGAACUCCGUGUACCCGCGGGAGCAGAUCAACCAGCUCACGUCCUACCUCGACGCCUCCAACGUGUACGGGAGCUCGGAGCACGAGGCGCGCGCCAUCCGGGACCUGGCCAGCCAGCGGGGGCUGCUGCGGCAGGGGGUCGUGCAGCGCUCGGGGAAGCCGCUGUUGCCCUUCGCCGCCGGGCCACCCACGGAGUGCAUGCGGGACGAGAGUGAGAGCCCCAUCCCCUGCUUCCUGGCCGGCGACCACCGCGCCAACGAGCAGCUGGGCCUCACCAGCCUGCACACGCUCUGGUUCCGCGAGCACAACCGCGUGGCCACUGAGCUGCUGGCCCUGAACCCGCACUGGGACGGCGACACCAUCUACCACGAGGCGAGGAAGGUCGUGGGCGCCCAGAUGCAGCACAUCACCUACCGGCACUGGCUGCCCAAGGUGCUGGGCGAGGUGGGCAUGAAGGCGCUGGGCGAGUACCGCGGCUACGACCCGGGCGUCAACGCCGGCAUCGUCAACGCCUUCGCCACGGCCGCCUUCCGGUUCGGCCACACGCUCAUCAACCCCGUGCUCUACCGGCUGGACGAGAACUUCGAGCCCAUCGCGCAGGGGCACGUCCCCCUGCACAAAGCCUUCUUCUCUCCCUUCCGCAUCGUGAACGAGGGCGGCAUCGACCCGCUGCUGCGGGGCCUGAUCGGUGUGGCCGGCAAGAUGCGCGUGCCCUCCCAGCUGCUCAACACGGAGCUCACCGAGCGGCUCUUCUCCAUGGCGCACACGGUGGCCCUGGACCUGGCCGCCAUCAACAUCCAGCGUGGCCGGGACCACGGCAUCCCCCCGUACCACGAGUACCGCGUCUACUGCAACCUGUCCUCCGUGCACACCUUCGAGGACCUGAAAAACGAGAUCAAGAGCCCUGAGAUCCGGGAGAAGCUGAGACGGUUGUACGGGUCCCCGCUCAACAUCGACUUGUUCCCUGCCCUCAUGGUGGAAGACUUGGUCCCAGGCAGUCGGCUGGGGCCCACCCUCAUGUGCCUGCUGCGCACGCAGUUCCAGCGCUUGAGAGACGGGGACAGGUUAUGGUAUGAAAACCCGGGGGUGUUCUCCCCGGCGCAGCUGACCCAGAUCAAGCAGACGUCCCUGGCCAGGAUCCUGUGUGACAACGCCGACAACAUCACCCGCGUGCAGAGGGACGUGUUCCGUGUGGCGGAGUUCCCCCACGGCUACGGCAGCUGUGACGAGAUCCCCAGGGUGGACCUGCGCGUGUGGCAGGACUGCUGUGAAGACUGCAGGACCAGGGGACAGUUCAACGCCUUCUCACACCACUUCCGAGGCCGGCGAUCGCUGGGGUUCAGCUACCAGGAGGACGAGCCUGUUGGGGAAGCGGGCCCUGGGGGGACACCGAGCAUCGGGAAACACAGAAAGCACCCAGGAAACGCCACAGCGCCCUCCCGCGAGCGCCCCCAGACGCCAGGGACGAAUGACUUCAAGGACUUCGUUCAGGAAAUGCAGACGACCAUCACAGACCUCAGAGAGCAGAUUAAGAGGCUGGAGUUGCGGCUCAGCUCCAUGGACUGCGCGGACGCGGACGGGGGGCCUCACGCCAACGGCGCCAAGUGGAGGCGGGACGCGUGCUCCGUCUGCGAGUGCCGGGACGGGCAGGUCACCUGCUUCGUGGAGGCCUGCCCACCUGCCGACUGCCCAGCGCCCGUGAGAGCCCGUGGGGCCUGCUGUGCGGUUUGCCCGAGAGACAGCGCGGGGAGGAGGCCUUAGCUCGGCCUUCGGGGCCCUCCACGCGUCCUCGAGACGGACGGCCGGCACAGGCGUGUGGACGAGAGGGACCCCGUCCGUCGCGGCGGAGCGCAGGAGUUCAGAGCAGAGCAUUCACAGAGGAGAAACCACGGACACGUGUCCUGACUUCACGUUAGAUUCUCAGGUCUUUAUUUAAUGUCUUUGAUGAGAUAUUGGUGCUACUAUUAAAUUGCACAGUUAAGUCAUUUAGGCUCCUCAGUUCACUUCCCUGGAUACCACCGUUUCUUCUCCACCAAAAGUGAGUCCCGCUUGGUUCUACGCCUGGAGCUUGCAGACGAGCCCCCGCCCCCACCCCCGCCAGCCCGGCCGCCGGGCAGGUCACGGAGCCGCCAGAAGGACGCACACCGCGCUGGGGAGGGAAGACCGGCGCGUGGCCGACGGACGGACUCGCAGGAGAGCUGGGUGACGGUCUGGGCGGUGGGUGCCCGCGUGCGGUCCCGGAACAGACGGCCCCGCUUGCCUCGGCGUCCAGCGCUCGCCGCGGGAGCGAGAUGGAGCCACGUGCAGAAAGGCAGAAAGAGGCUGCUUUCCGCUGGGGCUCGUGGGACGCUGCCCGGCGCGGGCCAGACGUGAAGCCCAUUCCUGCCGGAGGCCGGCCCGCGCGGCCCGCGGCACACACUGGGCUCUGGUCCAGCCGAGCGCUUCGGACCUCUCCGCGCGGAGGGACUGCCUACGUUCAGGUCGUGUGAGUGCCUUAAAGAAACAACACCGACCCCUUUACCUCAUUUGUAUUUCUGAAAUGCACGACGUUGUGUGAGAUUCUGCGCAUGUUCCAGGUGUCGGGGACGGCAGAAGAAUCACUUCCCACUCACAAAAGUUGUCUUAGAAUUCCGAGAAAAGCAACCAUCGUACCUCAUGGUCUCUCUCUGCGCAAUCGACCAGCAGCCUCCUCCUCGUUCUAGCCACGAGUGAUGCCUGUCCUGAGGAGCGUGCACAGACACGGGCCCCCCCGCGACCCCCGAGGACGCAGGUGGUCCCAGGAUGUGGUGGCCAGUCCGGGGUGGGGCGCUGUGGGCUGGCCGUCACCCCGGAGGCGUGGAGGCAGGUCUCCGGGGGUCGGGCACGUGGUGGGCGGGUUCCGAGCCUGGUCUGGCCCGGCGCGGGCGUCCUUCCGGGAGCAGGAGACCCUGGGCGCUGACCGGGCGGCCACGACCUCGGGGUGAGGCGACCGCUCCCGUUGUGAGUGUCCCCAGUGGCUUUAAGCACGGCCGGCCUGAGUCCCGGGCUUCGGGACGCCUGGUCUCAAAGACCUGCUUGUGUCUCGCGGGGCGUGGGCGUGUUUGGGGAUAUCAAGUCACCUUUGACCACCAAACGUUAGAGCCGUGUCUGCCGGCGGGAGAGUGGGUAACCGUGUGCCCAGCGUGGUUGGGAAAGCCGCUCUGGCGUCGGGACGGGGCGGUGCUCAUGCCCGGGGGUCUGCCAUUCCCGGCGGCCACGUGGCCUCGCCGCAGACGCGCGCACGCGGGUCAGGAUGUGCGGUGGGACCAGGCUCUCGGCGGGGCGGGGGGCGUCUGCGGCUCACGGUGAGGGUGUGUGACUGCGGCGGGAGCGGCGGCCCCUGGUUUCAUCGCACACGGGGUGUCCGAGCGGUGGGCAGGGCCCCGAGGGACCCUCUGCGGCCACUGCGGGGGGAUCACAGCCUCACGAAGCGAAUGUACAUAUUUGUUUACUUUCCGACUGUAGCCGACAGCCGGGUGCCUUCUGUGUUCGUUGUAAUCCGUUCAUUACCAAAGAGACGUUUGCACUAUGUACCGAUGCUGUCAGUUCAAAUAAACAUUUCCAGAUGGGG